UGAUGUUUUCCUCGUAGGAGGAUGUUCCACCCGCGAGCGUUUUAUCAUCUUUAAGGAGCAUCCAAAUGAAAAUGUCACUGCCAGAUUGAUCCAGCUCCCAUUUUUUAAAAGCAUUGCUGCGUAUUGUUUGUGUAUGGUACAUGCAGGUGGAUCCAGCAGCCUGGUCUAUGAAUGGUGUUGUGAUAGCUUAGUGGUUGCCAAGCCUGGUAGACUGUUAAUCUGGUCAAGAUGCUACAAGGCUCAUCUGUCUUUGGCUAUGAGAGGCCCCUGGUCAUCAGGGUGUCAUUCAGCUCUUGUGUUCUGGGUACGGUGUGCCUUCCACUACUGGGACUCAUUACAUGUGUCUUCAUAUCCUCCACCUUUCACUACGAGGACUCUACUGGUACUCACUGCCAGGUUCCUAAUUACCUGCCAUCUAUCAGUGCCUCCAUCAGCCUGAGUCCUGAGUGCCACAUAUGGCGGUUCUGCAUUGGGCUACACUCAGCACCAAGGUUCCUGCUGGCGUUUACGUACUUCAAAUUUUACAAGGCACGAUUUGCCUCAAAGUUUCCUGAGAGUCCGCUCACAUGCCUGAGCCUGGCCUUUUCUAUUUCUGAGAACCUCGGCCUCCUGCUGCUCACAUAUGUGUCGUCCAGUGAAACCUACUUUGUACAUAAGGAGGGUUUUGUCCUCUUCAUUAUCAGUUCCAUUAUCUACAUGUUGAUAACCUGCCGUUUAUGGAAAGCGAUAAAGAAGUAUUCAUUAAAUCCUGAGGAUGCCAAGUCUCACCACUGGAAAGUACGCUUCUUAUUUCUCAAUGUAUCUUGCUGUGCUUUUGCUGGAUUCUUUUACUGGAAACACAACAUGUACUGUGAAUCAGGGAGUUACACUUUUUUCGCUCUGUUUGAGUAUCUGUUGGUCUUUUCCAACAUGGCCUUCCAUGUCACAGCAGUGUGGGACUUUAAGAGCCGGGAGGUGAUGGUCAUUUCAUCUUCUGAAGACAAAGACUUCUGACUAGAAACUUCAGAGCAAGGUGCUAAAAGUACAACCACUGAACCCACUGAUGACAACAGCCUUGAGCCUCCACAUGAGGAGGACUGGGAUGGUCUUUUCCACAUAUUCUCAUGAUGAAGACUCUUUUACAGGAUGUACGUAGAUGUCAGACAAGUUUGAGCAAAAUAUAUGCACAUGUGCUACUGUGAGGUCUCUUCAGUUAGUUGUUGGUGCACUUACUGCCUCAGUGUCUCAUUCAUAGAUGCCUUUGCUGCGUAAAAUGUGCAAUUCUGACUUUUGUACAAUACACAUAAACAUGUAGUGUUAUUCUAUGUGUACUAAAGUA